AGGAACAGCAUUAAUUCAGGUCAUCUUCACAUGCUCUCGAAGUCCACUUUGGAAUAUCAACAGAAGGGGACAUGAGAAGGAGAAAUCUUAUAUAAGAAGAAAUUUGUUAAACCCGAAAGAUUAACAUUAGUAGUGUCGUUUGGUUAGAAAGUUACGAUGCGGGUUUUCAUUAUUUUUGGACUCGUUGCAAUUGCCGCGGCUUAUCCGCAAAGGGAAGGUGGAGCUUACACGAACGAAGCAAUUCGUCAGGCCCAAAACUCACAGUUGAUCCCAAAGGAUGCACAAAUACAAAAGGUGGAAGAAGGCAUUGAACUUGGGGCUUACGAAAAUAUCCCAGGCGGUCAACGAAUCGAGCUUUUGCCAAUUUUAGGCGACCAACUUCCCGCGGAGGUCGUCAAUGAUCUGCAAGCUCGAUUAGACGUAAUCGGUCGACAGCAUUGAUAACUUUUAAUCGAUGACGUUAGUUGUUAAGAAAAUUUGAGAAGAAAGUGUAGUUGUAGUUUUUGAAUGUAAGGCUAAGUUAUUUUUCCGCGGGAAUUUGUGUCUGUAUUUUCCUCUACCUCAUUGCAUGCACCUUCGCCUGUUCGCAUCUGUAUCUCAGUACCCUAUCCCUUUCAUAUCUUUCCGUGCACAUAUAGAAAUGUGUAGUGAUGGGACUUAGCUAAACUGUAAUUCUUCCACUAGAGGUGCCAACACUGUUUUUUCGUUUUUUUGUACAUAAAGGAUCGUUUAUGAAUAAAAAUGUGUGUUAUUUAGUAAAA